GUAAUUUUAGCUUUCUCCCUUACGAGCAGUGCAUGUGCAUUUUUUCCGCAAAGAAUUCAUUUGCAGUUCGCGUAGUCGCUCACUUGCCACUCGACCGGUUAAUUGUCAACACCUAACCUUGUAAAAUGCUCAAAGCACAUUUAAUUGUAUUAUUUUUAGUCGGAAUCGCGCCAGUACUAGAAGUUAGUGCCGUUUUUUGCACGAAACGCGGUCAACAAGACGAAGUUAUACGUAUUUGUUGCGCCGGCUAUGAGGGAGACGGUUGGAAUUGCAAGCCAUCAUGUGGCAAGGGUUGCAUAAAUGGCGUGUGUGUUAGGCCAGAGUUUUGUGAAUGCCAUGAAGGAUUUGCCAAGAACAAUGGACCGCGCUCACCUUGCGAACCGAUCGCAACAACACUUCGUAAUACGCAGCCACUCAGCUGCCACGAGCGCUGCAGCAACGGCACCUGCGUGAACGGCUCAUGCACCUGUGCGCCAGAUUUGAUGUUGCAACAACAUGAAGGCCUCGAAAUUUGUGUGCCACAAUGUAACGGCGGUUGUGUUAACGGUUAUUGCGUUGCAGCGAAUAUCUGUGUUUGUUAUGAAGGCUUCGAGCCGCAAUCCUCUAAUCAGCCCGAAUGUGUUCGACGUUCGUGCAGCGGUGCACUAUGGACGCAAUUAGCGCAAAUCAUUAGAAUUCUAGCAUCGCUGCUGCUGAUCAGCUGUUACUACGCAUAUUGGAGAAAUAUAAAUACGCACUCAGAGCAUCCUUCGAAAUGUCACCUGAAACGCAAAAUCAACGGAAAACGAUAAGCAGCAGAUCAAAAGCACACCCGCCUACUCAUUCCUCAAUUCUUGUAAACCACAAAGUAUACAAGCAUUUUUCUCAGAAUUGUACUGAGUUAAGUUCAGAAUUUAUUUUUUUCAAAAAGAAAAAUGAAAAAAAAUUUGUGAUAUAAACAAGCAUUUAAAAUUAAAACUUAAAACUCCAAUAUAAAUAUAACUGUGAUCUGCAUUUAAUACUAGAAAAUUCAUGGGAGAAGUACUCUUCAGCAUUACUAAGGGAUAUUUAAAACCAACUUAAUUGCAUUGCGUGUGCCACCAACACACACAUACACAUACGCGCGCGCCACUUAUCAGCUUAGCGUAAUACAUUUUUAACUACUUAUGUUUUAUGUUGGAGCACCCUGCAUUCAUGCGUGGAACAAUGAACUUUUUAUGACACAAAUAAGUGCUGAAAGCGUAAACCUGCUGCUGCUGCUGCUGCUGCAAAACUACGCGAGAUACGAACAUAAGUACGCACAGAAUGAAUAAAAAUUUAGUAGCAAUAAAUUAGUUGCAAUGACAAA